GCUUUCCUCGGCUCCCCGACGCGCACAGAGGCUCUUGAGGCAUCUGCCUAGGACGGACCCUCGCUCUCCACGUCGCAGCAGCCAUGCAGAUUUUCGUCAAGACGCUCACGGGCAAGACCAUCACCCUCGAGGUGGAGCCCUCUGACUCGAUCGACAACGUCAAGGCCAAGAUCCAGGACAAGGAGGGCAUCCCGCCCGACCAGCAGCGCCUCAUCUUCGCGGGCAAGCAGCUCGAGGACGGCCGCACCCUCUCCGACUACAACAUCCAGAAGGAGUCGACGCUGCACCUGGUGCUGCGGCUGCGCGGCGGCGGCAAGAAGCGGAAGAAGAAGGUGUCCCCCAAGCCGAAGAAGUUCAAGCCCAAGCCCAAGAAGGUCAAGCUCCAUGUCCUCAAGUACUACAAGGUCGACGGCGCCGGCAAGAUCACGCGCCUCCGCAAGCAGUGCCCCUCGUGCGGGCCUGGCAUCUUCAUGGCAUCGCACUUUGACCGGCAGUACUGCGGCCACUGCGGCCUGACGUACAUGUUCGAGAACCCGGGCGCCGGCGCGGACGCGGGCAAGGCCGACACGAAGGGUAAGAAGAAGAAGUGAGCCCGUGCGAGCACGCGUCUUGUGUGGGCGUCAUAACGUAGAUUCAUGAGUCAGUCAGUCUCACCGCCGUCUUAUAUGAUUAUGAAGAGAGGGAUUUUCCGUUGUCUAUGCACAUGUGACCC